AUGGAAGAAGAGGAUAUUACAGGCCAUAGACUGCCCGAUGAAUUACAUUCUGAAAACACUUCUGAAAAAACUAAUAUGGAUGAUAACAGGUCGGAUGCGAUAAUAUCCGAGAGACAAGUGGUAAAUGUUCAAAGGAUGCAAUGGAAAAUAACGAACAACGAUGGCACAACUCAAUUAGUACCAAAACAAAUGAUAAUUGUAGAAUUUUUGGGCAACGAGGUUUCACAAAACAUAAUAAUUAAUUUAUGCAAUUUUUCAGUAGAUCCAUACAUACAUCCGGUAGUGCAAUGCUAUAAAUGUCUCAGAUAUGGUCACUCCUCAAAACAAUGUAAAUCUUAA